CGAAGCGGAGGGGUGUCCUCAGAAACUAAAUGCCAUUUUACAGAAAGAAUUUGAAGUAAAAAUGCAUUACCUUCAUCAAGCAAGGUUUUUUCAGAUAGAAGAUUUAUUUGUAUCAAUUUUUUAUGCAAAGUUCCCAUAAAACCACUUAAUUAAAUCAGAUUAGAGGGAUUUCCUGGCAAGCCACCCACGUGCCACCCUUUCCCGUUUUCCCAUGUGCUUAGCGUUCAGCAGAAGAAAAGAUAUUGAACGGAAAAUUUCUCAUCUCUUUUAUUUGCACCACAGCAACGAUCAUUGUGCGUAUAAGAAAAAAGUAGCAGAAGGAAGGUUGCUGUUGCUGAAUUAUGAGUAGGAAACAAACUAAGGGAACGGUUUUGUCUUGAUGACAGCACUGAAUUUUCAUAUUGUGAUAACAUUCCUAUGAAGAACCUUUUCAGUCGAGUGGAUGUUUACUCAGAAAAUUCUGAGUCAUGAUAAUUGCUAAACUCCUUUACCUUACGUUUUGUUUUUUUCUGUACCAACACGUAACCUAACUUAAAAAUAUGAGUUUCAUUCGUAUCUUAGUUUUUUCCGGCAAUAAUGCUUGCGAAAGAUUCUAUGUGUCUUUCGACCAUUUUGGAAACAGAGCCUUGGGUGAAAAGAAUACUCGUCGAGAACUAUGGGAUGGUGACUUUGAUAGUACAGGAUUCGAGAUAGUUACUCAUCAGGACUUAGUCGCACUGCCAGAAGGGGACCAAAUUUUUAAAGAAAAAAAGCUCACAUUUCAUAUAGCUUGUAAUGCACUAGAGUUCUCGUAUUUCAUUCACAUUCUUAAUCAUUCAAGAGAAUACCGUCAGCAAGUUGUGAGCUACUGGUUGAAGAAAGUGGACAACUAUAUUCCAAAGACCAAAAACGUUUCACUCAAAAUAACCCUGAAUGAUUUUUCUAAGCAAAUUUUAGACCAUAUGUGGUGUCAUAGAAUUUCAUAUCUUGUAAUGGAGAGAACCGAGUUGGAUAAUGCUAUGUCUUGGCUCUCAACUCUUGGAGGUGCUUAUUCUGCUCUUGGUGAUCAUUUCAGUCAUUGUGCAGAUAUGGCAGGGCGUAUAUCUCUCCGCCAAUUUCACCUCGCCCUACGCCUUGGUGAUCCAAGCACUGUAGCCCGCUGCAAACUUUAUAUAGCUCUCAGUUUAAUACAGAAAAAUAAAUUCAAGCACGCUAAGUUAAUUAUAGAGACACAAUAUCAUUUGUGCUUGAAUUCUACUAGUCCAGAUAUUAGACUUCUCCGAAUGUGCAAAGGAAUUUGGAGUAAAUUGCGUUAUGAAAGAUCUCUAUACAUUGAGGCAGGGAAGAAAAUGAAAAAAAUAAAUUGUCUGUAAAUAAUAAGUCUCAAGAUCAAAAUUUAAUUUUGUGUUGCAAUAAACAUUUUUAAUAUCCAGAACCAAGAAUGUGAUAUUCGGACUAAUGUGUCAAAUUUAGAAAUUUAGCUGUAAACUAAGCCUUCAGAACAACUUGUGAUACAGAAAAUAAUUUUAAUACCACCUUCAUUUUCUUUAUAAAUCAUAUUUUUUCAUAGGUGAUCACUUUGUGUGUAUUUGAUUAUAGAUAUGUUUCAGUGAACAGUGACUAGAUAUUUAGAUAUGUUGUUAUGGGUUAAACCCUCAGCUGCUUGUAAC